ACACACAUUCUUUGUCUCCCCUCAACUAGCACUGUGUUGAUAUUGAGAAUUCGUUUAAUUGCAAGCCCCCUAGACUUGCUCUGAAUUGAAAUGGAAAAUAAUUGAGUAUCGCGCAUACUUCCAUGACAACCUCAGGACACGGAACUUGAUACAAACCAAGCCACCGUCUAGCGAUUAGGAAACAACAAGCUUAUAUGGCAAAUAAUUGACAUUUAUUUAGAGAAUAAGUAUUUUCUAUUUUCUGUUGUUCGUUUCUUCAAAAUGAGGCUCAAAGUGACCCUUAGACAAAAAUUGGAUAAUGGUAUUCGGGUGACGUGCGUCGGCUGGAGUAAAACAGAUGAAGUGUACUUAAUCAGUGAGGAUAACCAAAUUCGUUCAUGGUCCACAUUCACCACUCAACCCACGAAAAUAGCUCAGCUUGAUCCAAACCUAUUUGCAACCGACCUACAAUUCCUACCCAGACAUGAGAACAGUCUUGGUCGGCAUGGAGUCCUAAUUCUUAUAACAUCUUCAGAUGGAAAGUUUCAUCUAAUGAACCGAUCCGGCAGAAUCGAACGAAGUGUAGAUGCUCAUAAAGGGGCCAUUUUGGUGGGACAAUGGAACAAUGACGGUACUGGCCUGCUGACAGCUGGUGAAGAUGGCUGCAUCAAAAUCUGGUCCAAAAGCGGCAUGCUGCGAUCAACAGUGAUCAACAGCGACAGUUCAGUUUAUGGCGCUUGUUGGUCUCCAGAUUGUCAAAGCAUCGCUUACACCCAUGGCAAAUCUAUUGUGAUAAAACAACUAGCUCCUAAUAAUAAACCCUUAAAGUGGAAAGCUCACGAGGGCCUGGUGCUUUGUCUCGCUUGGAGCGCGGUUGCAAACAUUCUGGUGUCAGGUGUUUGUUGUUGGAUCGUAUAAUACUUUGAGGCUGUGUGACUAUUCUGGGUGGUCAAGGUCGCUGGAAAUGCCUCAAUCUGGAAGCAUUUAUAAAAUAGUCUGGUCAAACGAUGGGACGCAGUUAACUGGGACUUGUGCAAAUGGUAAUGUUUUAUCUGCUUAUCUCGUAGAUCGACACAGCCACUAUCUUAACUUUAGCGUAACCGUUAGUGAAAAGAAAACUAUAUCUGUGAGGAAUGUCUUGGAUGAUACAGUCGAAAACCUGGAACUACCCGAUCGAAUCAUUCAGUUAAUGAUCAAAUAUUCGAACAUGAUACUUACCACUCCGACACAGUGUUACAUCUAUAGUACCAACAAUUGGAACACUCCAUUUAUAUUUGAAUUGAAGGAUGGCGCGGUCAGUCACUUAGAAAUGAGUGAAAACCUUGCAGUAUGACUCGUUGGAAUUGGGGAGAAAACCUCGAAUUUGCGAUUUUGUUGGCAACUCAGUGUCAGUUAGACGCGCUGAUGGAUCCUUGAUUAAUGUGCAGAUAUCUCCCUUUCCGGAACUGAUUCA